GCUUUCCCCUUUGUGCGAGAGAAGUGUGCGGUGAAAUUGAGUUAAACGUCUUCAGGUGCGCUCAUCGUGACGGUUUUCCGCCAAUUUGGUAUUCCCCGGGGGGUCCGGGCUUUCGUGCGAUAUUGUAAUUCAAUGCGACGUUAUGGUCCAAAAACGCUUUCGCUCACCCAAUUAGCAAGGUGUGCUUACGGACUCCAAAUUGUCACCCCGGCAUUAAAUAAUCAAGUCGAUACACGGAAAGAGCAUUCACGCCCCUCUGGCUCCCCCGAUGCGGCUGCUUUUGGACGUUGAGACAGUUAACUCCUUGCCGCCGAUGCUUGACGGAGUGGAAAGACUUGAGACGACUUAAAACACACCGGAGGGGCGAGAGAAGAUGGGGUGGCUGCUUCUGAAGUGUGUGGGGCUGCUGGUCGCGGUGCCAAUAUUAGCAGAGUCGCAGGAGAAGGGGGACGGCCUGCCAACGUGUAGCAUCGCCUGCCAGACGAGAGCGGAUACGUCCGAGGCAGUGGCGCUCCCGAUCAUAGGCGAGCCCGGCAAGCCUGGCGCCAGAGGCGAACGCGGCCUUACGGGCAGACCCGGGCCGAGGGGUCCCAAAGGAUCGCCUGGCCCUCCAGGUCCCCCCGGGCCUCCAGGCCCUCCAGGCCCGAAGGGAGAGAAGGGUGGCUUCGGUAAACCGCCGACAACAGGCAUGGACUGCUGCUUGUACUCUGAUAACCCGCUGGGGAGUAAGUCCGCGGACGCGCUGUCCUGGCUGCCGGCCGGAACUCAGGAGGACAUGUGGGCCGGCUUCUCCGUCGCCGUGACGACGGACGUCUUCGCCACGGAGGACACCACCGUCAUCUUCGACCACGUCUUCUCCAACGUCGGGGACGGCUACAACAAGCGCACGGGCACGUUCACCUGCAAGCUGGGCGGCUGGUACUACUUCACCUUCCACGUGCUGAAGCCGCGGUACCGGGACGGCAUGUGGGCGGACCUGAUGCUGAACGGCGUCCAGCAGACCUCCGCCAUCGCCUUCGACGACAGCCACAGCGACACGGGCAGCAACUCUCUGGUGCUCAGCUUAAAGCAGGGCGACAAGGUGUGGAUCAGACUGCGCAAGGAUCACACCCUGUACGGCAGUGGGGACAAGUUCAGCACCUUCUCCGGCUUUCUUCUCUACAGAACCUACUGAAACCGAGACCUUCCCUAAACCACAAUAAGAACAGGCACAACAUUGAAAGGAUUCCACAAGACGUUAACGUUUCGGUGGGAUUUACCUAUAGCAGACGUCAACGUCAAGUCGUCUCCAUGUACAGAUUAAAUAACAUCGUAACGAAGGAGUCUUUUUGAGGAAGAUAAGAUACAUUUUCACCGCACUUGACCUCUAGGAUAGAUCGUGGCUGACUUUUCGACCGACACUAUGCAAGCUCCGAUGGUUCCCGACCCUAGCGUAAUGCAGACAAAGGUGUGUCGAUCGAGAUAUGUUUCAGUCGCGCCUUGAAGAAGGUGAUAGCUCUUAUGACUGAUGUGCGGUACGUUUAUCUUAACACCAGAAGAUUAUGUUCUUGAAGACGUCUUCUGUAGAUAUAUGUCUUAAGACAGAACAGAUGACAUUACUCACGUCGACCAUUGUUCUUUUUCAUUACGACGUAGGCAAGUAAAGUUAGCGUAGCGUCUCAUUUUAGCGAAGAUAUAUUUCUUGCCAUAACGUUCUGUGCAUGUACAGUAUAUUUUCUAUCAAAUAGUACGUAUUAACGCGUGGGUUGAGCAGCAUUUUCAUGAACGGCACGAUUGAGAGAUGCCGAAAACGGCCACGGAUAUGGGAAAACGCAGUAGGUAAAGCAAACUACUAAUGGAACUGGACAUGCAUGAAAGGCCACGGAGGAAAUACACCAAAUUGAAGGAACCCCGACUAUUAGAAUCGCCCAUCCUGAACGUUACACGUGGCGUUUGAUGUGCCGUUUGGGCAAAACCUGCCAGGCUGUAUGACACGGCUCCUGUUUCUACAUUACGGCGGGCCGGCGGUAGGCUAGGCUGCUUGCGGUACAAUAAAUGGCGUGGGUUGACUGUACAUGUUGUACCAGGCCAUCACGUAUGUUUUCUUUUCUCUCUCACUCACGUCAGACAUGCAAGUGCAUCAUGUAGGCUUUCCACGUAAUAUACUUCAUAAGAGCUGUGUGUGUUACAGUGCAUGGGCAUUUAUUAGAAACCGUUCUAUACGGCCAAUCUAGGUAGUAUACGUUGCCCCCCUCCCCAUUUUCAGACGAGAACGCGUGUCCGAGCGCACAGACGCGGAAUAAGAGCGGUAAUGGCCUUUCAAUCAGCUGUAAUUGCCCGGCCACUUCCUCUUAAUUUUCCACGUUUGAACCCGAAUGACGCGGGAGAGGGAGGAAGAAAAGAGGGCCGCUGACAGGCGGCGUGCUCGGCACAGCUCAAGCGAGGUAAUUGGAGAUGGUCCGAACGUAAACACAGUACGUGGGCAAAAUGUGCGAUGCCACGCUUGUUCCAU